GAGAUGGAAGGGUUUGUGUCUAACUUAAUGGUCUGCAAUCUGGCCUAGAGCGGAAAGCUGGAGGAGUUGAAAAAAGAGAUCCUGGGCGAUAAAUCCCUGGCUACUAGAACUGACCAGGACAGCAGAACUGCAUUGCAUUGGGCAUGCUCAGCUGGACAUACAGAGAUUGUUGAAUUCUUGCUGCAACUUGGUGUGCCAGUGAAUGAUAAAGAUGAUGCAGGUUGGUCUCCUUUUCAUAUUGCUGCUUCUGCUGGCCAGGAUGAGAUUGUAAAAGCCCUUCUGGGAAGAGGUGCUCAAGUGAAUGCUGUUAAUCAAAAUGGCUGUACUCCCCUACAUUAUGCAGCUUCCAAAAACAGGCAUGAGAUCGCUGUCAUGUUACUAGAAGGCGGGGCUAAUCCAGAUGCUAAGGACCAUUAUGAGGCUACAGCAAUGCACCGGGCCGCAGCCAAGGGUAACUUGAAGAUGAUUCAUAUUCUUCUGUACUACAAAGCAUCCACAAACAUCCAAGACACUGAGGGUAACACUCCUCUACACUUAGCCUGUGAUGAGGAGAGAGUGGAAGAAGCAAAACUGCUGGUGUCCCAAGGAGCAAGUAUUUACAUUGAGAAUAAAGAAGAAAAGACACCCCUGCAAGUGGCCAAAGGUGGUCUGGGUUUAGCACUCAAGGGAAUGGUGGAAGGUUAAGCAGCUUGGAUUUAUUUUUACUUCAUAUGUUUUGUGGUUGUCCUCAGUGUCCUGGAAACAAAUAUACUUAUGCAUAAGACAUCAUCUAGUAAUAUGAAGGUUUUUUCACCUUCAAAGUAUUAUAAACACUUUGGCUAUUGUUUCUGCUGAGAUGUUUGUUCUAAGCUUACAAUUUGCUUUCCAGGCAUUGAAUAAUGUUGAGAUUUUUCUACUACUGUUGUAUAUAGAAUUUUGGUUAAUUUUGAAUAAGUGACUUUGUGGUUAUUGUGAGACUUCAUCACUCUCCCAUUCACCCUGUGUCCUUCUCUGAGUCAGAACAACCCCAUAGCCUCUGGUUAGUUGUUCUACCAAAUGUUUUUAGGUGGAUUCUAGAAUGUUGCUUCUAUACAAUUGAAACACAUCCUAACUCGUUUUUCAAGCUCACUUAGGCCUACACCAAAAAUUUCUGUUUUUUUCAACAGUACAUUUAAUUUUGUUAUAGGAAGAAUACUUACAUAUUUUAGAGGACCAUACUUUCAGUUGGAAAGUCUGCUAUUCCAAGUUUGGCAUUCAAAACCACUAAAAUAGUGACCAAUUAUAUCUUAUGUGCCCAUGUAUCUUUUUAAUGUGCUACUUCCCUCCAUAAAAAGUGUUGUUUUUAAAAAGGAAGUUUUAAAGUACCUAUAUUGUUAUCUUGUAUUAAAAAGAAUAUAAAUCUUGUUAACAUGCUAUGUUACAAAAAUGUACUUUGAUUUGUAUUUCAGAAACUAAAAAAAUAAAAUGUUGAGAGAAUGAAAAAAAA